UCAAUUCAACAACUGUUGCCUGAUCUGAGCGCUCUCACUGUGUGAAUGCAAGUAAGCCGGCGAGCCAGUCAGCGACCGAGAGGAAGUGUGUGAGGGUGAUAGGUGCAGAGUGUGUGUUUGAUGUGUGUGCGUGUGUGUGUGUGUGUGUGAGAGAGAGAGAGGACGAGAGGGAGAGACAGAGACAGAGAAAGGCAGUUGCACUUUGUGUCGGUGCAGGAAAGAUAGCCAGGCAGCCGGUGCAGUGCUUUACAUCCUGCACCCUCUCUGCCACUCCGAGGACUGAACCACUACCGGGGACUCACUCUGUGGACUAUUCCGACGGCUUUCCUCUCCACUCGCCUUUGAAGGGAACACCUGACCUGUGUGUGUCGAGAGAGAGAGAGAGAGAGUGCGAGGAGACUCCACGGACUUGGCGCCUGAGAGCAGGGCGGGUGGAUGACUUCAGUGGAUGAGGGAUUGGUCGGUGGAAAGAGGGAGACUGCUGAACAUGGGCUCCCCUUCGUAGUUGACGGGGCUGGCGAGGAGGAGCAGGUCCUCCCGGUCAUCAUGUGCUCGCGGACCUCUCCUGACCCUGUCCCCGAGUGCCAGUUGUUCCCUGACGAGUCGGAGGAGGGGGAAACAGAAGAGGGCAAAGAGAGGGAGUCAGACAGAGACAGUGCUGUGGAAAGCUCCCAGGGGUCUGACUCUUCAGAGGGUCUCACCAGACACUUGGACAAGGAAGACACACUGGGAGAGCUCUAUUUCUCUGGGGACAAGUGUGCGCAGGCUAGUAUCUCUAUAACCUCCGACCUUUCCACACGUUCCUCCGCCUCAUUGAACGAAGAGCAAUUUGAGGACUACGGUGAAGGGGAGGAACCAGAAUACACUCCCAGCAGCCCCUCUCCAGACGACGAGACUCGCACUAACGGUUACUCCGACCUCGGCUCUUCUGUACCCUCAAGCGCGGGUCAGACCCCUCGGAAGGUACGUCACCAGUACGCCGGCGAGCUCAUGGACGUCUACUGCUCCCAGUGCAGCAAGAAGGUCAACCUGCUCAAUGACCUGGAGGCUCGGCUCAAAAACCUCAGGGCUCACAGUCCCAGUCGAAAAAUCUCCAGCACCGCCUUUGGAAGGCAGCUGCUCCAUAACAGCAACCUCAGCAGCCGCAACGGCAGUACGGAAGACCUUUUCAGAGACAGCAUCGACUCCUGUGACACUGACAUCAAUGAGAAGGUGAGUUUUCUUGAGAAGAAGGUAGCUGAACUCGAGAAUGAGAUUCUGAUGAAUAGUGACCUGAAGUCCAAACUGAAGCAGGAGAACACACAACUAGUACACAGGGUAAAUGAGCUAGAGGAACAGCUGAAGGACCAAGAGACUCGUGCGGAGCAAAAUUUCCAGGAGGAGUUAAGAAGACACAGAGAAGCCUACAGCAAAAUGGAAAGAGACAAAAACACACAGAUAGAGCUGCUGACCAGCCGUAUUAAGCAUCUGGAAGAGGAGAACACUGAGAUGUCUGUUAGUAUGUUUCGACUCAAAUCUCAGACAGAGAAGCUUGAUGAGGAGAAGCAAAGAAUGACAGACAAGCUGGAGGAUACCAGUCUGCGGCUGAAGGAUGAGAUGGACCUGUACAGGAAAAUGAUGGAAAAGCUGAAACAAAACAGAGAGCAGUUCCAGAAAGAAAAAGAUGCCAUGCAGGAGUUAAUAGAGGAUCUGCGUCGAGAGCUGGAGCAUAUGCAGCUGUACAAACUGGAGGCAGAGAAGCCUGGUCGGAGCCGCAGCUCCUCGACUGGACUUUCAGACUUCAACAGCAGGACCAGAGAGGUGGAACUCGAGCAUGAAGUUAAGAGACUGAAGCAGCAAUGUGCAUCCCAGGACUUUCUUCCCCCUGACUUCCAUCUCCUGGUGUUGUCUGGGGCUCAGCGCUGCCCCGCACUCAUGGAAACCCAGAAGCUGAGGGAGCAGAAUGAAGACCUGAAUGGUCAGAUUCUCAGCCUAAGCCUCCAUGAAGCCAAGAACCUGUUUGCCACCCAGACCAAGGCUCAGUCUUUAGCUGCUGAGAUUGACAGCGCCUCCAGAGAUCAGUUGAUGGAAGCCCUGAAGGAACAGGAGGACAUCAAUUUAUGCCUGCGGCAGUACAUGGACAAGGUUAUUCUGUCCAUCUUGGAUCAUAACCCUUCCAUUUUGGAGAUAAAGAACUAGCAGACGCCUAUCUGGGAUGGACACCAUCAGUCCUAAAGUUGAAUGGUUGCCAGUUAUCUGUUUUGGGAAUCUGUACAGGAGGACGGCAAAAAUGAGUGGACUUGGUUUAUGUAAAUGGACCUGCUUUGCCCUCUGCUGUUUGUUCUGAGGACAUUUUCUCCCCAUGGACUAAUAUUCAGCGAUACAUUUUGAGGGACUUUUCCUCAGUGAGCGAAUGCUAAACAACUGAUGGUUAUGCAAAUGUGACUGUUGGUCUCAGUCUGCACUGUUUUCUUACUCUGCUGCUCUGUUCUGUUCAUGUUGUUAUGACUUUUUUUUAUGUUACAAGCUGGUAGUUUCUAAGCAGGAAUAACCUGAGCCCAACCUGCUUUUAAGACUGAUGCAGUCAGUCAGUGGAGUGCACUGGAAUUGAUCUAAAGGGCAUAAAUACUGGAACAGCCUAACACAUCUUACCUUCAAAAAAUAAUUCUGAUAUUAUUGAACGAUAAAUGACUGGUAUGGUCUAUUUUUGGAAAAACAGUAUGUCAGAUUAAAAAAAGGAAAAGGAUGGCAAGUAGAUGGUUACCCUGUUCCAGACAGACAUGAAGGCAGCCAUGUUGCCUGACCUGUGUACAAGAGACGAUGAAUGCAUGUAAUCAUUAAUUUGGACAAGCAUGUAUUUUGAAAAGAAUAAGAAAUGAGCAAAGACUGCUCAAAGAAAGAACAGAAGGAAUGUUUUUGGAAGUUGAAACAAAUAACAAUGAAAUGCUUUGGAAUGUUGGACUCUACAUCCUGCAGAAUAGUUUCUUUGUGAAAUCAGUGAAAGGUACACUGAAGGUCUUUUUUUAAUCCUUUUUUAAUCUUAAGAAUAGUCUUCCAAAAAACUUUGCAUCUAUGUCAAUCAGAGCAGUAGUCCUAGGUUGGCUCAGAAGGGUUGAACUGAUUGAUCGAAGCUGUUGCCAAGGAAUGUCUUUAAACUCUAAAGAAGAAGCCUGAGCUGGAAGAGAUUUGCAGCUGGUAGUAAUAUACCCAAACAAUGUUGCACAGGAACGUUUUGAUAUGAAUGUAUGGGGUUGCUACAUCUGAGUGAUCGAUGGUGUCUGUAACAACCCAUUUAAACACAUCUGUAAACCCAGAGAGGUCGACUUACAAACCAGACAUGAGUGUGCACAGGAGAUUCGCUUUUUACCGAAGACUGGAUCAGCAAUCUCAUUGCCACCUUCUAACAACAGAUUUACAUGAAGCUUUGAUUUAUUUUGUGUAACUAUUAAACUCCUGUAAAUAUAA